CCCUUAAGGUCCUGUGUACCCGCCCUCAGGCAGGCACUCUCCCUGAGGCUGUAAUUCACUGCCACUGCCUUGUGCUAAAUCACCUGCAACGCCAUGGACAGGCUGGGAUCACAGUGCCCUCUGCCAGGCUACCCUCGGCCUUCUGUCCUUACAUGCCUCUUGAUCCUGCCAGCUGCUUUUCUGACGUACCCCAUGCUCAGGACCCUUAGCCUGCAGCUCCACUCAGCCAUCACUGGCACCUACGUCUCUGGUGCUCACUCCGUCGUCUUCAUCAACUGUCCCAACGAGCAAAUUGCCAGAGACAUUGCCAGGGCAGUACUGGAGAAGAAGCUGGCUGCCUCUGUGAACAUCCUGCCCAAGGCUUCUUCACUGUAUUUUUGGAAGGGAGAAAUAGAAGAAGCCACUGAGAUCUUGUUGUUGAUAAAGACAAGGACUUCCAAGGUCCCCGUGCUCUCCAGCUAUAUCAGGUUGGUGCAUCCCUUUGAAAUCCCAGAGGUCUUCAGUCUUCCCAUGGAUCAAGGAGAUGUACACUAUUUAAAGUGGCUUGAGGAGGCCAUGGAGGAGGACUGAGUGGGAGAAUCUUCUUGCGCAUCUUGCUAACUGCCUCUACCCUUCAUUGGCUGCACUCUGGCAAGAGUGAGUCUCCUGCCUCCCAGAAUCUGUGGAUUCUCUGUCACUGUCAGCACAGAGGAGCAACCAACCUGUGUAGGCUGAAGGUCCAUGGCUCGAGGCUGGAAGCGAAGGUCGGGGCAGAAAGAACCCAGUGGAAUUUGUCUCUGUUUCAAGGUGGCCAGAGGUGGGAGGGUGAGGAUGGUUGUGUGUACCAAUGAAGAGGUGACAGUGAGGAUGAAGUUUGUCAUCUUUAGUCACCAAGCCUAUCUCAAAUGCCUGAGGUGUGACUGGUCUCCUGCUUCUUAUGGGGAGGAAUAGAUCCAGUGACCUUGUUCACUUGGAAGUGUAUGGGAUGAAUGCCUCCUUCUCAAGGGGCUAGCAAGUUCUUUGUUCAAAAGGAUGAAUUGUAAUGGUGGAAUUUCAGAGAUCAGCAGGAUUAUUUUUCCUAAAGAGGCUUUUGUUGCUCUGGAGUCUUGAGGUGGCACUGAGGAUUAGGGCUUAAACAUGGCCUCAUGGGUUGGCAGUAAGUCUUGGCUCCUUCUUAGUCUGAAUGUAAUAGAUGUCAGAAGGUUCUGGUGCCCUGCUCAGGGAAGAUGUAGGUUCUGAGCACAGAAUCUAAGCCCUGGGAACCUGUUAGACCAGUUUUCACAUUUGCUGUACAGAGCUCCAGGGGUUGACAGAGGUCCCUGGGGCUGCCUGGUGGAGGGUAAGAGCUAGAGGCCCCCACCGACUCUCCUGUCAGUGCACUGUGACUUUGCUUUUUAAGCUUGAGCUCCCCUACAAGAUUUGGGUGUGUUUGGGGGGGGGGGCGGAAUUUUCUUUGUCAAAAGUUAGUAAAUCACUGCUCUAAGCUAGUCUCCAUUUUAUUACUAAAGAAAACAACUUAUAGAUGCCCAGAAAGGCUGUGGCAUGUUGUUACACGUGGUACUUCUGUGGCUGCUCAUGCCGUGUCGGCUCCAUGGUGAAAGAGCAUAGGGAAGGCAAGGAAUGCUGAGUCCUAGCCGUGAGAAGAGAGACUUGACCCAGGCCCUGCCCAUGAAUCUGUCACAAAGUUAACUCCAUUUUGUGGGGACCACAGGCCAUUAGGGCUGGGAACCACAGACAGCUGUGGUAUGCUGGUCUCCUACAGGAAAACAUGUGUGUGAAGUUCUGACACCUGCUGUGCUUCGCCCACCUUAGUACUCCCAGAUAUGAAAUGGGGAAGAUGUCCAAGGACCCAUCUGUGAAGACCUUAUAGGAACUGUAGGAUGAGGCCCUUCCAAGGGUUCAGAGGAUGCCAGUGGGGAUUUGGGAGGCUGUCUGGGGAAAAGAAUAGAGAAUGCUAACGGUGAUGUCCCUUGCUUUUUCUAACAGAUCAGUUUCUGACACAUAUACAAAUCUUGUAUAAAAUAAACACUACUUAAAAUGCAUUAUGGUGCCCUGUUGAUUGUCUGUAUUGCUUUUAGGAUAAAGACCAAUUUGUAGGUCUAGAUUUCAAGGCCCUUCAGAACAUUGCCUCAGUUCACCUCUUCCAUCAUCGUUGCCCUCAGACAGAUGGCUCCCCUGCAUUGUGUGAUGUUAUUCUUGUGUUCAUGCCAUCCCCUCUGCCUGGAGUACCCUUUUGCUUGAAUGCUUGUGACACAUGGCUGCUUCUAUGGAAGCUUUGGCUCCCCAGCUAGGACUGUCUCCUGCCCUGGUGUUCCUUUUAUCUUUGUGCAUUACAGUGCCCUUGUAUUGCUGGGUCAUGACCUGCUUGAGGUCAGGGGCAUGUCUGAACCUGUUUGAUCUGUUGUACGGAAUUUGGCAAGUGUCUUCCCCAGUUGAUGUUUCAAGGAUUUAGACAAUGGAUGCUUUCUCUAGAGUACAUGGUUUAAGUUGUGGAAUUGGUGAAAUCUAACUUUUUUCCUUGAACUUUAUUAAAGGGGGAUUAAUUUCAAA